UGGCUAGGGAGCAAUGUCCGUCCGAUCCUGGAGUAGCCCCCUCCCCUUUCCCCAGCCCCCUCUCUUGGCCUGGACCCUGGGAGCGCGAGAGGGUUUGGGGUGGGUGGUUUUUGUGUGUGUGUGUGUGUGCGCAACCAUUUGCCUCUUGCACUGGGCGCAGGGAGCGGCGGUGGGUGCGUGCGUGCAGGGGGGGCCGGCUGCCUGGCCCCCAGCGAAUGCAAUAAACAAUAAUCAUCAUUACAAGGGGCAGAGAGAGGCGUUUCCCUCGGAGCAUGCAUCCAUGGGCGGACUGAGGCCGGGAGGCGGCGGCGGGGUCGGUGUUGCAAGAAGACCCCUUGGCAGCAGAUGGGAUUUGUGCCUUAUUUGAGGAUCUCCUGGGCAGUCCCUGUCCCCAGGUGUGCUGCUGUCGGGGGGGGGGGGGAGAGGAAGUUGCAUUGAUUAUUUUUGCUGCUGCUUCGCUUUCCCGGAUUCCCACACACCGAGGCGGUUUUUAAAUCUGGAUGAUUAUGCAUGGAAAAUCGCCCCCUCCCUCUAAGGAACCAACCCGUGCGGGCAGCCGGCUCCCCCUGAGCCUGCCUGCAAUUGUGCCUUAACUUGUGCGUGUGUGGGGGGAAGGGAACUGAGCUGUUUUUCUUGCGUUUGAUUCCCCCCCCCCCGCUCUUUGGAGGGGAAUCAGUGAUCAUCUGGGAUUUCCACCUCCAGCGAGUCAAUCCUGCCCCGACUCCUGGAUUUGCUCAUUGCAUGGGGAGAAGCGGCGAGCUGGUGAAGAACUCCGGGGCUUGGUUUUUAGUAUUAUUUGGGGGCGGGGGGCGCGGCGGCAGUGGCUUUGCUUCCCAGCCCGGCUUGUGUGUGCGCCUUCUACACCGCCCUUCUCCCGCUCCCUGCCUCUGGACAUUGGGAUGUUACCCGCUGAGGUCCAGGCGACGCUGACACUUCGCUCCGGGGGCUCGUGAUCCUGGAAGCCGCUUGAGAAUAUUGCUGCACAACUCACCUUGAAGGGAUUGUCAAUUACCGCCCCUUCCCCCCCCCCGCCCGCCCGCCCUUUAAAGACCAGGAGCCUGGGAUCUUAGUUUUGUUUCGUUACUAAACAAAAGUGAGGACAACCGCUUGGGAUUGCAGGGCCACAAAACCAUGUCUGCUAAAGAGAACCCCUGCAGGAAAUUUCAAGCCAACAUUUUUAAUAAAAGCAAAUGUCAAAAUUGCUUUAAACCUCGGGAAUCCCAUUUGCUCAAUGAUGAAGAUUUAAACCAGGCCAAGCCCAUCUACGGCGGUUGGCUGCUGCUGGCACCAGAAGGGACGGACUUUGACAACCCUGUGCACCGUUCCCGGAAAUGGCAGCGCCGGUUCUUCAUCCUCUAUGAACAUGGUCUCCUGCGCUACGCCCUGGACGAGAUGCCCACGACCCUCCCACAGGGCACCAUCAACAUGAACCAGUGCACGGAUGUUGUGGAUGGGGAGAGCCGGACGGGACAGAAGUUCUCCCUGUGCAUCCUGACCCCCGAGAAGGAGCACUUCAUCCGAGCUGAGAACAAGGAGAUCAUCAGUGGGUGGCUGGAGAUGUUGAUCGUCUACCCAAGGACAAACAAGCAGAAUCAGAAGAAGAAGAGGAAGGUAGAGCCACCAACCCCGCAGGAACCUGGCCCCGCUAAGAUGGCUGUGACCAGUAGCAACAUUCCUAAUGCAGAGAAGGUCCCCACUACCAAGUCCACACUCUGGCAAGAAGAAAUGAGGGGCAAAGAUCAACCAGAUGGGAGCAGUAGCAUCAGCCCAGCCCAGAGCCCCAUACAGAGCCAGGCCAUGCUUGCCAGCUCCUUGAAGGAACCUAUGUUGGAAAGUAAAGAAGAUGAGAGCUCCAUGAACGGUGACCGGAUAGACUGUGGGCGGAAGGCGCGUGUUGAGAGCGGUUACUUUUCCUUGGAGAAGACCAAGCAAGACUCGAAGUUGGAAGAGCAGCAGCUGCCACCUCCACCAUCCCCUCCCAGCCCCAGCACCCCGCACAACAGGUACAGUUACCCCAAAUCACCCUUCCAGGAGCACAGCCACCCCUUUCCCUCCCCAGGUACCAGCUCAAACAACCGAAUGGUUUCCAGCUACUCACUGAACUCCCUGGAUUCAAAGAGUACUUACCCCACGUGCAAGGACUCCAGCAGCAGAGACGGGGGAAGGGGAGCUGAAAGAACGGACCACUCCCUUUCCUUCAAAGCCAGUCGGCAGUACGCCACCCUGGCCGAUGUUCCCAAGGCCAUUAGGAUCAGUAACCGGGAGGCCUUCCAGGUGGAGAGGAAACGGCUGGAGCAGAGGACCCGGGCCCGCAGCCCUGGAAGGGAAGAGGUGGCCCGGCUCUUUGGCAACGAGAGAAGGCGGUCCCAGGUAAUUGAAAAAUUUGAGGCAUUAGAUAUAGAGAAUGCAGAGCAUAUGGAAACCAAUGCGUCCGCAGGCCCCUCCCUCUCCAGCGAGACACGUCAGGGCAGGAGUGAGAAGAGGGUUUUCCCCAGAAAACGGGACUUCACCUCUGAAACUGCAGCAGUAGGAUCCAUCCUGGAAGUCUCAGCUUCCCCUUUGUCUCCACACCGUAGAGCAAAAUCACUGGAUAGAAGGUCCACUGAGUCCUCCAUGACGUUUCCCCUGAAGACUUGGCUAGUCCUAUGGGACUGGGACAUUUAUUAUCAGCCUGACCUGCUGAACUUCAAGAAGGGAUGGCUGACGAAGCAAUACGAGGAUGGACAGUGGAAGAAACACUGGUUUGUGCUGACGGAUCAGAGCCUGAGAUACUACAGGGAUUCCGUGGCAGAGGAGGCAGCUGAUUUGGAUGGAGAAAUUGAUUUGUCUACAUGCUAUGAUGUCACCGAAUAUCCAGUUCAGCGGAACUAUGGCUUCCAGAUCCAUACUAAAGAAGGGGAAUUCACCCUCUCUGCCAUGACCUCUGGGAUUCGACGAAACUGGAUCCAGACAAUCAUGAAGCAUGUUCGCCCCACAGCUGCUCCAGACGUGACCAGGAAAAACUUCUCUUUGAAACUAUCGGUGCUGAAGCCCAGCUCCUUGCCAGAAGAGAAAAGCAAAACCGGCUCUUCCUUUGAGACCUGUCCAAAGCCAAGUGAGAAGCAGGACUCGGACCAAGCUGAGAUGGAUCCUGAGCAGAAGCGGAGCCGUGCCCGGGAGCGCAGGAGAGAGGGGCGCUCCAAAACCUUUGACUGGGCCGAGUUCCGCCCCAUUCAGCAAGCCUUGGCACAGGAGAGAGCCAUCACUGCAGAGUCCUCGAAGAGCAGCUCCACGACCUUCCCCAGGGAACCUGGCGCUCUGGACACAGACUCUGGGGAGCUGGAACGGGAGCGGGCUCGGCGGAGAGAGGAGAGGCGCAAGCGCUUUGAGAUGAUUGAUGCUGUUGAUGGGGCAGGCCCAGAUGACGUGUUGAGGAUGGAGGUGGACAGGAUCCCAGGCCUGCCCAUCACAGGGGAGGUGAAGCCACAGAAUGUUCAUGUGGAGAUCGAGCAGCGAUGGCACCAGGUGGAGACGACCCCACUACGUGAGGAGAAGCAAAUCCCCAUCAUGCCCCUGCACCUGGCCCAACCGGACAACAGAGACGACGGGAUCCACAAACAGCAGCUAACCUCACUGCUGGAGAAGGAGUUGGAGCAGAGCCAGAAGGAGGCAUCAGACCUCCUCGAGCAGAACCGGGUCCUGCAGGGCCAACUGAAGGUGGCAUUGGGCCGGGAGCAGAGUGCCAGGGAAGGCUACGUGUUGCAGACCGAGGUGGCAGCCUCACCAUCGGGUGCCUGGCAGAGGCUCCAUAAAGUCAAUCAAGACCUCCAAGGUGAGCUGGAAGCCCAGUGCCAGCGUCAGGAGCUGAUCAAUCAGCAGAUCCAGUCACUGAAACGUAGCUAUGGUGAGGCAAAGGAUGUGAUCCGGCACCAUGAAGCCGAGAUUCAGAGCCUGCAGGCAAGGCUCAGUAAUGCUGCAGCUGAGCUAUCCAUCAAAGAGCAAACUCUGGCAAAGCUGAAGAGUGACUUAAAGAGUGAGAAGGAGAAAGCCAAAGAGCAGCUGGAGGAGUGGCAGCACAAUGAGACUACUCUGAGCUCCCAGUUAAAAGCCAGUGAGCAAAAGCUGAAGAGUGCAGAGGCGCUGCUGCUGGAAAAGACACAGGAGCUAAGGGAUCUUGAAAUGCAACAGGCAUUGCAAAGGGACCACCAGAAAGAAGUGCAGAGGCUCCAGGACAGGAUUGCAGACCUGAGCAGGCAGCUGAACGCUAGUGAACAGGCUCGGAUCCUAAUGGAGGAGAAGUUGCAGAAGAAUUAUGAGGCUUUGUUGGAAAGCUGUGAGAAGGAAAAGCAGGUUUUAAUACAGAGUCUGAAGGAGGUGGAGGAUAAGGCCAGCGAGUACGAGAAUCAGCUUCAAAACAAUGAGCAGCAGAUGGAAAUUCUUCAGAAAGAGAAACUGAAUGCAAAAUUUGAAGGCAGCGAGAUUGUCCACCAGCUAGAGGAGCAGCUGGAGAUGAAGGAGGCCAGCAUCCAGAAACUUGCUGAGGACAUCAAGGAACUUGAAGAGGAGAGAGAUCAGAUCAAAUGUAGGUUCCAAGAGCUGAUGAAUCAGGUUGAAGAGUCAGAUAAUGAAGUUGCCAAGCUGCAAUCAAAGUUGAAAAUGGAGGAGACCAACUAUGAUAAGCUGGAGCAAUUGUACGAGAAAGUAUCAGAUCAGUUCCAGAGUGUGCAGAAGGUGCUGGAAGAAAAAGAGGAAGAGCUGACACACGUUAAGGAAAUGCACUUAAGAAUUGUUGAAAAGAAAGAUCAAGACCUCAACGAGGCUUUGGUUAAAAUGGCUGCUUUGGGCAGUAGUUUAGAGGAAACAGAAGUAAGGUUACAGGCCAAAGAAGAGGUUUUAAAGAAGUUAGCUAAUUUGGACUCAGUACCGUGUGCUAAAGAUAUGGAGGAUUUCUGCACUAAUCUUGAGGCUGAUGAAAGUCACAUUCCAGACAUGCCAGCUCCUGAGGGGCUUCCAGGUUUGAAUUAUGCACUAAAGGAGGAUGCUGAAUGUGCUGAGACCAGCCAGAGUCUGGCUGGUGAGCAUACCAUGUUGAAUGCCGAAGAACUUGGGUCUCUAUUGAAGUCUACUGAGCUUCAAGACAGAGAGCCACAGCAGAAAGCCUUAGUGAAGCCUGAUAUAGGAACCCUAGGUGCCAAAAGGCAAAGAAUCCGCUUCUCAAACAUCCAGUGCCAAAAAUACAUCCAUUCAGAUGGGUCGGAGAAAAAUUGGACUAGUAGCACAUCUUCAGACACAAGCCAGGACAGAUCACUGUCCGAGGAAAGCAUGUCAUCAGAACCAGUUCUUGGUUACCCAGCCUCAGAAACCAGUGACUCUGAGACUUAUCUCUCAAUCAUCCAUUCCCUGGAAACCAAACUUUACAUCACGGAGGAAAAGCUCAAAGAUGUGUCCAUGAAGCUUGAAAGCCAGCAAGGUCAUAACCAGGAAACCCUGAUAGCGCUCCACCAUCAGUGGGCCAGCACAGAGUCCCAGCUUAGGGAACAGCUCCAAGCUAGCUUAUCUGAAGUUGGUGCUCUGGUUUCACAGCUGGAAAAUGAGAGACGGGAAAAGUUCAGAAUGAUAAAAAAUCAUGUCAAUGAGCUGGGAGAUUUCCAAGUGAAAAAUGAUCAAACCUUGAUCUGCUUAGAAAAAUGCAGAGAACAGCUAAGGGCUUUACCCAGAUCUUACCAGGAGAAAGAGAGAGAUUUGUUUCUUGCCAAUCUGUCCAGCAUGGAAACCACCUUGUCAAAUGCAGUCCAGGUCUUGCAAGGGACACCCAUCUUCUCUGAUUAUCAGCAGAGCGAAAGCUGUGUGGCUCAAACUCCACCUGCUGAAGGGAGUUUGCUGGAGGAACAGAAACUCAUUUCCCAGCAGCAGCAAGUUGAAAUGUCUGAUGGAGACCAUUUAAGAUUGCUUUCUGAGAGGAUAGCAUUUGAAGCCUCCCUGAUCAACCAAAUAGCAGAAUCUUUGAAAAAUGCAAGCUCAGAGAUUUCCCAGAUUCUCAGAGAGAUUCAUGGGACAGCUGAGGUGGUUUUUUUAGAGCCGGCAAAUGUGUCACAUACAGCAAUUGCCUUGGCCAACAUCUUAUCUAAGAAGCUGCUACUGGAAGGUGAAUUUUGGAGCCAAGUGGAAGAAUUGAGAAAGCACUUGAGCACCAGAGAAGAGGAGGUAGAAAGCAAAACAGAAGCAGCUAGUUUUAGUUUUCCCCAAUGCCUUGUCCAAACAGUAGCAGAUGCUACAUUGAUCAGGGCAGAACUUGGUUUUGUUGCACAGAAGAUGCGAGAGUUUUUUCAUGAGAGGUUAAAAACAAUUGAAGAAGACCUCCACAAUACCAAAACAGCUCUCCAGCAACAUAAAUGCAUGUUGGAGGAAAUCAUCAAAGCAUAUAGGACCUCUGAAUUUGACAGGGUUAUACAUCAAAUUUCUGAAGCACUUGAAAUCCAAAAAGAUGCUUCAGAAAGAACCCAAACCUCUUGGGAUAGGAGUCACCUCAAGGUAAUGCCAUGUCAAGAUUCAGCCAAGAUGAUACAGGCCCAUGGUUUGCCAGACCAUAGUAGUGAAGCUCUUGUUGCCAUUCAAGAAGACCUUGCCCAACAACUAAAAGAAAAAGCAAAUGUUCUUAAAGAAAUAUCUUUUGCCUUACUAUCCUUGUCCCCUGAGGAAGCCAUACGUGAUUGCCAGAAGCUCCUAAAAAUUUCUCGGUGUCUUUCAUAUCAUACGUGCAUGGGAGAUCUUGAGCGCUAUUCAUCAUUGUUAGUUCAAGAUGCAAUUAUCCAGGCUCAGGUUUGUUAUGGGGCUUUCAGAGUUAGACUCGAGUAUGAAAGGGAGCUAAAGUUUUGCAAAGAGUCCUUGCAAAACAUGGAUGCUCUGUGUCAAGAGCGUGUAAAGACAGUGUCUGCCCUUCGUGAGGAGUACGAAGACUUGCUUCGAAAGCAGCAGAGUGAAUAUGCCGAGAUGAUAGCCAUCAUUGAAAGGGAGAAUGUAGACCUUAAGGCAAAAGUCUCUCAGCUGGACAAUCAGCGGAGGCUCUUGGAGGAAGAAGAGCACAAACACAGGAAAAACUUAUUUGAGUUACAAGGCAGAUAUGAGGAGGAGAUGCAAAAUGUGAUUGAGCAGUUGACUAGGACGGAGGACACUCUGAAGGCAGAGAGAACAGAGGGCCUAAAUCAACUUGAUGCCAUCAUCCGAGAUAAGCAAAACAUGGAGAGGUAUCACCUUGAGCAAAUGCAAAUGUUGGAGGACAAGUUCCAGGCCAAGAUAAAGGAACUGCAAAUCAUCCACAAUGAGGAACUGCAUACUUUGCAGGAGCAUUACAACCAGAACCUGCUGCGCUUACAAGAAACACUAGACAAUUACCAGAGGCAGCACCCAGAAGCCUUGCCUUCCAAAGGGUCUGAAACCAGUGACGGGAAUGAAUGGGCAACAGAUCAGCCCGAGGGCAGGAUGCUGGUCUCCGAGAGCGAGUUAAACUCCAUGCAUGGUUUGAGAGAGCGCAUUCAAGAGCUGGAGGCCCAAAUGAAUGCCAUGAGGGACGAGCUGGAGAACAAGCACGUGGAGGGGAAUGCUUCAGCACUGAGGGAAAAAUACCAGAAAGAUUUUGAGAACCUGAAGGCGACAUGUGAACGAGGGUUCGCUGCCAUGGAAGAGACGCAUCAGAAGAAGAUUGAGGAUCUGCAGAGGCAGCACCAGCGGGAACUGGAGAAACUGCGGGAGGAGAAAGAUCGCCUGCUAGCAGAAGAAACAGCCGCUACCAUCUCGGCCAUUGAAGCCAUGAAGAACGCCCACCGCGAGGAGCUGGAGAGGGAGCUGGAGAAGACCCAGCGCUCCCAGAUCAGUAGCGUCAACUCGGAUAUUGAGGCCCUUAGGAAGCAGUACUUGGAGGAGCUGCAGUCGGUCCAGCGGGAACUGGAAGUCCUUUCGGAGCAGUACUCCCAGAAGUGCUUGGAGAACGCUCACUUGGCCCAGGCCCUGGAGGCUGAGAGGCAGGCCCUCCGCCAGUGCCAGCGAGAGAACCAGGAGCUCAAUGCACACAAUCAGGAGCUGAAUAACCGCCUGGCUGUAGAGAUCACACGGUUACGGACCGGGGAAGGAGGGGGAGAGGCAGCUGGCUCGCCUCUCACGCAGGGCAAGGAUGCCUAUGAGUUAGAGGUCUUAUUGCGGGUCAAGGAAUCAGAAAUCCAGUACCUGAAGCAGGAGAUCAGCUCCCUCAAGGAUGAGUUGCAGACGGCACUGAGGGAUAAGAAAUACGCCAGUGACAAGUACAAAGACAUCUACACGGAGCUGAGCAUUGUGAAGGCCAAGGCAGAUUGCGACAUCAGCAGGUUGAAAGAGCAGCUGAAGGCAGCCACAGAAGCACUGGGCGAGAAAUCCCCCGAAAAUACCACCGUGUCGGGAUACGAUAUCAUGAAAUCAAAAAGCAACCCCGACUUCUUGAAGAAAGACAGAUCCAGUGUUAGCAGGCAACUAAGGAAUAUCAGGUCAAAGAGUCUGAAGGAAGGCCUGACCGUGCAAGAACGCUUGAAGCUCUUUGAAUCCAGGGACUUGAAGAAAGACUAGUUCUCCCCCUUCAGCUUGAACAUGCGCACCUCCCAGCUUGCGAUCGCACGGCACGAGCACCGCGUGUUCCUAGUUCCUUAUGAUCUUCUGUGCUGUUAUUCGUCUCGAUGCUCCCAAUCAGACUGAGUGCGGCUGGCGGUUCUUCCUGCCCAUGGCACCUUGACUCCACAGCUCCUUUCCCUGCACCGUGAGAUGCUUCAGAGACUCUGCGAGGGAGAGGAGGGGAUGGAGUUCUGCCCCCUUUGGCUCCUUCCUUCACUGUAAACCAUUACACUAAGUGUCAGUAUUAAGGCUCAGCAGCCUAUCGAUAAGCUAGCUCUGUCAUACCGACUGCUUUGGUUUAGAAAUGGCCUGGCUGGCAAAAGCCAGACCCAGCUCUACUGCUGUUUGAGUGACCUGGUGCUCAGUCACACGCCGUGAGUCAAUCCUCUGAGCUUGCGUUCCUUGCACCUCCCGGGGAAAAGCCUGUGGUCAAAACGUCAGGAAAGGCAGGUCAGUUUGUGUUGGAAGCAGCCCCAUCCGUCAGGUGUGUGCGUGGGUCACAGCACCAACAGCCCGCUAGCUGCCGGAGAAAAACAAGGGGAGUCUGCUGGGAGAGUGGCUAGGGUUUGGGCUCCAUUCUCCCAACCCAGAGCCCCAGCAGGUCUCGGCCUUGGCUUGUUUUCAGUCUGUUACAACCAGAGCGUUAAGGAUGUUUGUUAAACACAGAUUUCAACAAAAUCUGCCCCUAAGGCUCAUCUCCCCCCUCUGCUUUCUUCCUCUCAUGCCCGUGCUCUGAGUAAUGUAUUCCAGGGCCCGAGUUGCAGGGCCUGUCUACCCAAAUCCAGCCCAGCUACAGCCAGUUCCCUACAGCCACUCUGUCCCUCUUUGCAUCAACCACUGUGUGUGUGUGAGCUUCCCUUUUCCAGUCUGAGGAGGGAUACUGAGCGGAAGACAGAGCCUGCGCUGGCUGUGAACAUACACACACAGCUCAGUCCAAAGACUGCUGCCUUUUCAUCAGCUCCUUUCACCAGCCCACAGCUCCGAUUUUCAUACUUUUAUCUAUGGCGACAUUUUGCUUUUCUCCAAAAUAAGAGUCUCGGAACUUGCCUGUUCUCCAAACCAUCCGUAUUGCAGCUUCCCAGGACAUCUUCCUGCCUGCUCCCAGCUCCUGAAUGAGCAUCGCUCUUAAAAAUCUGUUUAGUAACACUGCGCAGCAUGAGGCCAAUGGAGUGAAGUAAAAGAGAGUGAGGGAACCCAGCGGUGGAGGUGCAGCAUUAAGCCAGUGUCGCUCGGCAAAGGGGAGGGGGAAAGAAUCUCUCAUCCUGUAAAUCCUCAUGCAGCUCUGCAGUGGCCAUGGUGGCUUAUUCGCCAUGCUGGCAACGGCAUCCACAUACUUUCUCCCCUGUAUGCCUCCUUGGAUCUAUGCCGUGCGCCACCGAUUGACAAGACAACUCCUGCCUCAACUCUGGGACUAGGGCCUGUUCCAAUACAAACAGUUUCUAACCGAGCUUGGCUGUCUAGUGUGGACAGGCCUAAAUCACAUUGGACUGUGCCCUUGACUCUCUAGGGAGCUAGGCUACUGCCUCUCUCAAAUUGUGUCUAAACAUGGUUCCUCGCUAGCUGUGGUUGUGUGGCCAGCUUGGUUAAGGGGAAGUGCCCUCAUGAGCCCUGCCCAGCGCUCUGACGCCCUCGGUCCCAGGAAUGCUCAAAAGAAAGUCUGGAAGGCUUUGUUUACAAAGGGCCAUUUGGGAGCCCCCUUGUGCAGAGUGGCGGCCAUGCCUGAUCCUGGUAGCAUGUAAGACCAAUGUGGGAGUUUCUAGCCUGCUUUGACAGUGGUUGGACAAUCCAAAGAACACACCUGACUUUCCUUUGUGAUUGUGGAACCGUUGGCUAAAGGUGGUUUGAAACUAAUUUCUGGUCUCUCCCAUCGGCCACCCAUAUUGCCACGGUCCCCAAGGAUCUCCCGCCUUGCCAAGAUGGCUGUCGCCAGCUUGGGACUUGCGUGGUUCUCAGCAGGCCUCUUAGCUCUGCCUUCCUGGUGAGAGGAGCUGCUUGUGUAUCCCACAGAUACCCAAAAAACACAUUGAGUUCUCAGCUUAGUUGGUGGCUGGGGGCUGUUUAAGUCCCAUCACCACCCCCAACCCUUCCCUCAGAUUCCACCCAGAGCUGCAUUGCUAAAACCCCUUACACUAGUGACUCUAUUGGUGAAGCUAAGUAAUGGUUCCCCCCCCAAAACUCCAGUGGCCAUGGCAUGGGUCUGCCUUCCAGCCAAGGACGCCUAGAUGUGACUCCCACCCUCAGUGUUCUUUAAUCAGCCGGAGGGGACACUGUUUAGGCAGGGGAGGCAUUCCCUCUCUGCCCCCAAAUUCUCAUCCACUCUGCAGAGCUUGAGCAUGUUGCUGCUGUUAGAUUCUGCUCAUUCUGUUCUUGGAAGAUGUCAAAGCUCUCUGCCUGAUUCAGCUUCCGCUUAUCCCUGUAGCUCCAUUGGCUUCAAUGUGGUUCCUCCUUCUCACCACCGUGAGAUCAAAACCAGUCCCAGGAUGAACCCUUGGGGGCCAAAUUCUGAUGGAGCUGGAGGAGGGGUUCCCAUGGGAAAGUGAGACUUCAGUGGGAGCUACAAGCAGCCAAGGGCAAUGUGGUCUUUGGGCUGAAUUCUGGAGCCCCACGCAAGCUGUGAGGGGACCUAUCUCGCAGGCCAGUGAGGAUGUUGGUGCUGUGACACGGGUUGCAUCUGGCUCUAGAUACUGCCGGGGAGGGUUUGCUUCCCUGCUGUGUUCCCUAUACUGUAUAUGUCCCUCCACAUGCAGCAGAGGUCUUCAGACGUCACCUAAGAGACCCAGCUUUCUCCAUCUCUGACCUUUCCUGGUCUUCUCACAUCAGCAAUCACCAGAAGAGAACAUCCCUUUGUUCUUAUGCUCAGUCCCUGCCUGGUCAGGGGUGGAGGGUGUCUGCCCUCUGCUAGCUUCCCAACCCUGAAUUCUCCCUUCAGAUGGUGGAGCCUAUGGGACAUAGGUACGGGUAACAUGAAGUCCUUCAGCAUUGGGAUUUCUCCUCCCUCACCUCACAAGAGUCCACUGGAAUGUGACAUUUCCAACGAGGACACACCCCAGCCUGUGCUUCCCUGGAGUCCGAUGAAGGCUUCUUACUGCUAAACCAUCUGAGCAAGGUGUGUUCUGUUCUCCUGUUGGAAAAGCCACUUAUCUCUCUCUUCCUCCGGCCAUCUGGGCUCUGAGCUUCUUGCUACCCAACAAGCUAAUUGCUGCUGCUUUGUUCACUUCUUUUGCUUAUGAUCAGUUACUUUAAGGGUAAGAAAUGAAGGUCACACACCUUUUCUGCAUUUAGAGUGGUAUGCCAGUGGGAUGGAGGCUACAGGAUGGUGCUGUAGAUAACCAUGGCCUGAUGCCCUUUGUGGUACUGCUUCAUUGCACUGAGCCUCAAAGAGAUCCUGGUAGUGAUGCUCCCAGGGGGCUGAAGCCACCUUUUUUCUGCUGUGCGCUUCCCCACUCCAUCCACUCUUUUCUCUUGAGGCUCAGUGUCUCUCUGCUUGGACCAGGAACUCUCAGUGAGUUAUUGGGAUCUUAUUUUUCUUUUUUUACCUCUGUGUCUGUCCAGAUCCUGAUUUCAUAAUGGUAGAGAAGGAUCAUUAGAGGAGGAAGUGUCUCUGGUGUAACCACACAGAUGUAGAUACCAUUGGAUGAUGCUACGAGGAGCUGGCUUGGAGAAGGGUUGCAGCAUGCUGAUGGACAGCUUGGUGAUGGUUUUGGCCAUUCAUAUGGCAGAGGUGAAGAGGAAAAACUGUGGUUGAAGUGGGGACUGUCUUUUCCAUCUUUUGACCCAGAUAGUGUACAUGGGUGAGGACAUGAGAAAAGGCACUGUGGUAUGUUUUCAAAGUGGAAGCACUUAGAUAGUAGCUAGUGUAAAAGGAGAGCAGGGAGAGAAGCAUAUAAAGCAGUGGAAUAGCAAGCCACAUAAUAAGAAGUGGUAUUAAAGAAACGGCAGAUCCAGUGGGUUGGUCUGAACAGCUUUCUGCUUGUGCUCUAGUCCCAUAAUUAUCCUGUAAAGAUGCAACUUUGCAACUUGGGGGGCGGGAGGGCUUGUUCAGGUUUGUUCUUGUGAUAUGCAGGGUCCCAAUGACUGAGGCAGAGAAAAACACUGCUUAGAGGAAGAGAAUCUUUUAUUUGAUGGGUUUCUUAGCCCAUUUUCCUUUCUCAUGUGCACAUACCCCAAGCAAAAGGCUGUAAUUAGGGAAGCUUUGAGUAGCCCAUGUAAAUUUCUUCUCUUGAGGAGAUGUGCAUAGUUCUGCAAAAGUCCUGGGACCUGGAUAUGAUGGAUGAGACACUGGCAGUAACAGACUUAAGCAAGAUGUUUGUUCAAGCUAGCUGGUAUUUUUUUCUUUAAGGCUGGUAUAUCUUUAUUUCCUACCUUACUGCAAACUCCUCAUCCUGUGACCUUCAUCUUACUUGGUCAGUGGAUCAGCUUAAAAGGAUUUGCUUCAAGGUGUGCCAGGACUAAUGGAUCAGCAGAAUCUGAACUUGUGGGAGCGGAUCUGUCAGUGAAGGUUUGCGACUGGGGAUCUUUGGAUAAUGCAUCUUGGCCCACUUUUCUGGACCUACAUACUGCCCCUAAAAGCUAACUAGAAACGCAGUUUCACUGGGAUGAAAUGGAGCCACAGAUACCAGCUGUAGCCAAAACAAAAAUCUAGUGUUACAAGAAAUGAGCUCCUCUGGAGAGGACAUACAUACCAUGCAUGAAGGAGUGAUUGGGACCACCCUUUGGUGUAUAUUUUUAAAGCUUCUAAGAACCUCUAACAGGCCAAAUAAGUGUUGUUUUGCUGAACUUGCUGUUCUGAAAUAUUAUUUAACACCUAAACAAAGGGUCUCGUUCAACUGUUUGUUAUAUACUGUCCCUUGUAAGAGCAGGUGCAUUCUGAAGCAGACACCUCUCCAAAGCGGGACUUAGGCUUUGUUUUUAAUGUUUUUCUGCUGUGCACGGGGUAUGCGCUCUAAAGUCAGUUGUUCAAGGAGGCGGAAGAGCAGCUGGCUCUCUGCCCAUCUGUGCAGCUUCUCCAUCCCAUCAGACUGCAUCGCUCCCAACUGGAAUAAACAUUGCAAUAACUGAUCCUUCCAGAGGUCAACAAAAAAGCUGUGGCACAAGCACGCACUUCUGUUUUCUCUGAUGUGCUGGCAGAUGCCUCAUUGCUGUGUCUCCCUGUAGUUUUGAUGGACACCUACCUGAGCUAGGAGGAGCCCUCAUCAAAGUAUUAGGCAGUGUGUUCACCUCCACUCCACCCCAGUAAACACAGCGAUCUUCCACAGGU